GAGAGAGAGAGAGAGAGGAAGCCUGGCUGGAACCAACCGCAACGCGUUCACACAUGACACGGUGGGCAACUUUGGUGUUGUGUUGCCUUCUCUGUUAAGGGAAGGGAAGGGAAGGGAAGGGAAGGGAAGGGGACGGCCGGGAGGUGGAUUUUGGCUUCCACUUGGGUUUGGAGAUUGCAGGGGAAUUGGCGUCCAAUCCGAUCGCACAUAUUAUAUAAGCAAGCGUAGCAGGCAGAUCAUCUCUUCCCGGGUUUGCGGCGUUCGGAUUGCCAAUCAUGUCAAUGCUCGACUCUUUCUUCAGCAAGGGCUUUAAAGCUGCAAAAUGUAAAACCCUCUUGAAGUUGACAAUUCCGCGGAUUAAGUUGCUGCGGAACAGAAGAGAGAUUCAAAUUAAACAGAUGCGCCGAGACAUUGCUAAGCUUCUCGAGACUGGUCAAGAAGCUACUGCCCGAAUCCGGGUGGAGCAUAUUAUAAGAGAGGAGAAGAUGAUGGCAGCUCAGGAGAUCCUUGAGCUUUUCUGUGAGCUUAUAGCCGUCCGCCUUCCAAUCAUUGAGGCUCAGAGAGAAUGUCCUCUUGACCUUAAGGAAGCAAUUUCGAGUGUAUGCUUUGCUGCACCAAGAUGUGCUGAUUUACCAGAGCUGCUUCAGGUUCAGAUGUUGUUUGUUUCUAAAUAUGGAAAGGAAUUUGUGGCCGCUGCCACUGAACUAAUGCCUGAUUGUGGGGUCAAUCGCCAGCUAAUAGAGCUCCUAUCUGUGCGGGCUCCUCUGCCUGAAGCUAAGCUGAAACUCCUGAAAGAAAUUGCUGAGGAGCAUGAACUGGAAUGGGAUCCAGCUGCUUCGGAGACUGAGCUUUUCAAAUCUCACGAGGAUUUGCUGAAUGGAUCAACCCAGUUUGUCAGCGGAUCUAAAGUGCCCCUUCCAAAGGAGAAACACGAUGAAUCAUUGCAUUCUUCAUCAGAACCUGCCAACAAUGAACAUGAGGAUACUGAUGAAGGGUUUGACUCAUUAGACUUCCCCGAAGUUCCUAAGGUCACAGUUCGAUCCAGUCAAGAUGCUGCCUCAGCACCAGAGAUCAUUCCACCAGUUUCUCAAAGCAAUCAGGAGAAUCCACACAUUAUUGAGGAAACUAAAGAAACCCUUUUGCACGAGCACUCGGAACCGGAGCAACUGGUGCAAGAGCAACUAGCUCAUUACAAAUCAGCUGACGGUGUAAAGGAGGAAAAUAAGCAGUUUCUGCCAUUUAUUUCUCCUCCCUCUCUCUCAUCUGCAUCCUUUUCGGCGAAUAAGGAGACACCUCCACCAUCUGUUCCCUCUGUCGACCGAGCGAAUAAGGAGACACCUCCACCAUCUGUUCCCUCUGUCGACCGAACGAAGAGUGAGAUGAGUAACAUUGAUCUUCAGGAUGUUCUUGAUGCUGCCCAGGCUGCUGCUGAAACUGCUGAGAGAGCAGCAGCAGCAGCUCGAUCUGCUGCUAGUCUUGCACAGGUCAGAAUCAACGAACUCACCAAGAAAAAUAGUGCCAGUACAGAGGCCAGUGAUGAUAACCCAUUCCAUGGGGAUGUUCGCGAUCAGCUGGCUGAUGAUGCUUUGAAGUUGGAGUUGGACCAUCAGAACUCUUGCGGCAAUCCCCUUAAUCCACAGGAAACUCGCCCAUUUUACAGUGAGGUGCAUGAAACAGAAGUAUUUGAUGUUCCUCCAGUUGGAACUGUUAAAUCUGAUGCUGAUUCAUCUCCUGGCAUUCACCACCCGGAGAGAUUGCCUUCAAUGGAGGAUGACUCAUACUUCUCCUACCCGAACCUGUUUUCUUCUUCACAAAGCUCGGAUGUUGGAGCAGGUACUCAUUUAUCUACCGAUAAUUCGCGGUCCAGGCACGAGCCCUGAGUUUAAUUUUUUGUCUGGGUACCAACUAGGCUUUGGUAGGAGCUGUACUUCUCAGUCCUGUGUUGAGAGAGGAUUUGGUGGUUUAUUAAAUCUUCAGUUUUUGCGUUUCUGUAAAGUAUGGGCAUCCGUGGACUGAAGGGAGGGAUGGUACUGUAGUAAGUUUGUUGGUGAAGCACUCCCUUAGAUUUCCCCCAUGGUCUGAUGUGUUCUAUGGUCGAGCUUUUCGAACUAUUACUGCAGUUACUGUUGAUCGAAACAAUAAGAGUCGUGCUUCUUUGAAGACA